AUGCUUGUCUUUUUCGUUGCUAUAAAACAUAUAAAUCAUAUUGGUAUGACUGUACGAAGAUACAAUAAAUAUUGUCUAAUAUCAAUCUUAGAUAUGCUUAAUCAAAAGCUGGUAAUGCUACUCUCCUAUUAUCAAGUCGAUUAUUUUGAAUUUAACAAACGUGCCUGCUUUCCUCAACAAUAUCUUGACCCAAGAAAGUUCUUUAGUCAGGAAAGACAGCAAGGAGAAAGAGAAGGAAGAGGAAGCUGUAUAUAUUCUAGCCUCUAUAAUCUAUUAUACGGUAAAAGAAAAUACAAAGUAGAUGUAGGAUUGUGGAGGUAUCUUGAUCUAGUUAAAAGUAUAUGUUUUAAGUCAAAGUGA